GGUACUAAAGUAUGACGAAUAGUAGCAAGUGGUUUUUUGUUUUAGUGGUGUUUAGGACGGGUUAAUUGAUGACAAGAAGAAAUCUAAUGGGUUGAGUAGUUCAAUAUGUCACAUUCUGUAUAAUGUUAAUAUUUCUGGGAAUGUCUGUGAGUUCUAAAAGAUACAUAUUUGAAAACGAUACCACAGUUUUUACAAAAUGAAUGUUGAAGAUGAGCAGUGGACAAUUUAUACCGCUGCUCAACAUUUACCGGCUGUUUUAACAGAUCCCAAUCGAGGAAAACAAAUAAACUUUUUUACCAAGACAUGGGGUGAUACUUUCGUUGACAAGACCGUUAUUGAAAAAAGUCCUUUCUUACCAGAAAUAACAUAUGCCCAUUUUGAAUCAUAUCUGCGAAAGUAUGGUAAAAGAUAUAAAAGACACUUACGACUAUCCCAAACCAAAUUUGAAAAUAUACAAAUUAAGCAGCCGAAAAGCACUAAUCUCAAUACAGACAACAUUCCUGAAAUAUAUUUAAGACAUCAGUUUAAUUUGAAUGAUCCUAUGGUUUUUGCAGAGGUGUUUCAGGAAAAUAAAACUGAACAUGAUUUACAAGACGAAUUGAGUUAUUAUUUAGAUACAGUAGAAGAACAAAUAGCACAUCAGGUUUCUCAGAAAUCUGGAGCAUUUUUUCAUGCUAUGACAUCUCAUGAUACUAUAAUGGAACAAAUGGGAACAGCCUGUAAUGAGGUACGAUUAUUACGUUCAAAAGUGCAGCAAGUUGAUAAAGCUUUAGCAACAGAUUCUCUUAAACUGCUUGGGUUGUCUACAUCAAAAUCGAAUCAUGUUAACUUAUUAGAUAAAUUAAAAUUAAUGUCGACUGUACUACAGACUCAACCUACACUGCAACUAUUGCUGAGCUCUUCAGAUUAUGUGGCAGCUCUCGAACUGAUUUCAAGCACUCAAGAAGUUUUAGCUAAGGAGUUGGCAGGAGUUACAAGUUUAAGACAUUUGCCAUCACAGUUGAAAGAAAUGUUAAAAUUAAUAGAUAAGAUGCUAAGCACUGAAUUUGAAAGGUACUCUGCUGCUGACUUACAUCGACCAUUAGAUGUAAAUGGAGGAGUUUUAGAGCCGGAGAGAUUAAUUAGUUUAGUGGCGGGUUUAUUGAGGCAAAAUCGUUUACAGUUUUUAGAGACCUACAAACAAGAAGCUGUUACAGCGGCUCAAGCAUUUUUGAAACAGCUAAUGAUUGAACAGUUAGCUGAUGCAGAUGAUGAACUGAGCGAAUUAACAGGUUCUGGAGAAGUUGUUUUGACUAUGGAUGCUGCUCAUUGGCUAACAGUAUUAAAAUUGGCAAGUGAUACACUAGGAAAACUUAUUCAAAGAGUGAGAGCGGUGCAUGAUGUGAUAAAAGAAACAGCUGCGUCCAGUGCGGGCCUUCUACCAGACCCCCAACUAUCUCUGAGGGAUAUGGAUCAUUUUCUGACAUUAGAAGAACAUGGUAAGGUGGAAGUGAAAUUGAAAGAUCUCCUCAUCUCAGUUUGUGAUUAUUGCAACGAGCGAUUAGCAUCCCUUGUAAGCACACAGACCGAUAAGCAAGCAAUAACUGCAGCCCAGGUCACAGAACUGUCGGACAUAGUAGAAAAUUUCACUGACUUGUGCGAAAAAAUAUGCGGGCGGCAGAGUGCCGCCUUAAAAGCUGCUUUCAAAAUCCAAGCCGGCAACUACGUUCAUAAGUUUCACAGCCAACGAAAGAAUAAAUUGACUCUACUUUUAGACUCGGAGAGGUGGAAAGCAGCCGAUGUACCCACUGAAAUACAAGUACUCAUUGAUGAGUUAGCAUUAGGUUCCGUAAUGAAAUCUCUCCCCGAUUCUCCAAGUGAAGAAGACAUAACGACAAAUAGAUAUGAUAGCAAACCUGCUCCAUAUUUAAAAGUUGGGUUACAGCAUUAUUAUACCAUAGGAACUGUAUUAAUUUUAAUCAGACUAGUUAGUGAAUAUUGUGUGUGUGCAUACGACCUACAGCUCUUAGCUCCUGUGAUAGGUAGGAACUUGGCGGAGUUGUUAAGGACGUUCAAUUCACGGUCUUGCCAACUUGUACUUGGCGCGGGGGCGUUACGAACGGCUGGGUUAAAAACUAUUACCAGUACAAACCUAGCUUUAGCGUCUCGGUCUUUGCAGUUAGUUUUGUGGAUGAUUCCUCAUAUUAGAGUGCAUUUCAACACCCUUAUAGGCGAUUCUUUAGGUAGCUUUGAUAUUGUGGAGAAAGAUAUUGGGCAUCACGUUCAACAGCUGGAGACCAAAAUUUUAUCCAUAAUGAAUAGUCUCUUGGGGGACCAGCUAAAUGAGUGGGACGCAAAACCGCCUGUGCCCUCAAAGCAAUUUAGAAACAUUUCGAGACACCUUACGAAAUUGCACGAGGCUGUGAGUUCUGUUCUUCCUGAGGAACAGGUUAAUGAUAUUUAUGACAUUAUCCAUAAAAAUUUCAAGACUCGAAUACGGGAUCAACUCGUAAAGAUGAACAUCCAAAAUAACGGUGGUCCCCAACAUGGAGUGGUUACUGCUGAAAUAAUCUUUUACUUAGAAACCAUGAAGACAUUAAAAGCAUUACCAGAAAAAUAUUUAUCAGAUAGAGCCAUGGACGAUAUUUGGAUGAGGUAAUAGCAAGAUGUUUGUGCAGUAUUGUGAGCUAAAUUAAUUUUUUAUUUAAAAAAAGAAAAAUUGUAAAUACAAAUUGUUUAAUUUAUUUUAUAAAAGUUGUUAACA